AAAUAAUUGAAAUUGUUUUCAUUUAAAAAAAAAAAACCUUGUUGACUUAAAUGGCUGGCACGCUCGGAGAACUUGGACCCAGUUUAAGACCUUUGGAAGACUAGGAUUGAAUUUGAGAAUGGACGGAGAAGAGCUCACCGAGCAGGAGACUGCCUUGUACGACCGUCAGAUUAGGGUUUGGGGCGCUAAUGCUCAGCGAAGAUUGACCAAAUCUCAUAUCUUGGUCUCUGGAAUCAAGGGGACUGUUGCCGAGUUUUGCAAGAACAUUGUGCUGGCAGGAGUGGGUAGUGUGACUUUAAUGGAUGAUAGUUUAGUGAACGAGGAGGCUUUGAACGCAAACUUCUUGAUUCCACCUGAUGAAAAUGCUUACAGAGGCAAAACUGUGGCUGAGAUCUGUUGUGAUUCACUCAAGGACUUUAACCCUAUGGUCCUUGUUUCAGUCGAGAAAGGUGAUUUGUCGGCACGCAGCACUGAGUUUUUCGAGAAGUUUGAUGUAGUGGUUAUAGGCUACGGUUCUCUUGCUACCAAAAAAGCUGUUAAUGAAAAAUGUAGGAAGCUAUCGAAACGAGUGGCGUUCUAUACCGUCGAUUGUAGAGACUCAUGUGGUGAAAUCUUUGUCGACCUUCAGGAUUACAAAUACACAAAGGUACCCUGCAUGAUGUUGCAAUUUUGUAUGUCUAUUCUGACUUCUCUCUUGUGGAACUUCCAACAGAAAAAGCUUGAAGAGAAGGUGGAAUGUGAAUUAAACUUUCCAAGUUUCCAGGAAGCGGUAUCAGUACCUUGGAAACCGAUUCCUAGGAGAACAGCAAAGCUUUACUUUGCCAUGAGAGUAAUAGAAGUGUUUGAGGAGAAUGAAGGGCGUAAACAUGGACAAUGCUCACUGCUUGAUCUUCCCACAGUCUUGGAAAUCAAAAAGAAACUCUGUGAGGCUAACACUGUGAGCGAGAGCCAUGUACCAGAUAGUCUCUUGGAGAGACUUAUCACCGGUACUAUCGAGUUCCCACCAGCUUGUGCCAUCGUAGGAGGAAUACUAGCACAGGAAGUGAUAAAAGCUGUAUCAGGCAAAGGAGAGCCAUUAAAUAACUUCUUCUACUAUGAUGCUCAGGAUGGCAAAGGUGUGAUGGAAAACAUCUCCAACUCUUUUACCUCUUAACCAGCUAGCUAGCAAGCUGUCCUACGUUUUUAUCUAAAGACUGAAUGUUUCUUUUGAAUUCUUCUAAUGUUCGGUUACGAAUAUGAUACUCCUUGCUUGUAGAAUAAUUUGUUCAGCAACGGAUACUUUGAAUUUUCA